CCCAACAUCUAUAUGCCUAUAUAUAAACCCAUGAUACUAACGUACUGUUCUCUCUUUCUCUUUCACGCAAUCAGUCUCAAAUUCGCGGAGUGAAGAGAGCUUGCAGAUUAGUGAUUUAGGGUUAGGGUUUAUCAAUUUUAAUAUUCAUCCUUUUCUUAACUCCAAUUCAAACGACAAUGGAUCCCACCAAAAAGCGUAAGCUUGACGAGAACGGAUUCGGCGGUGAAGCUGAUCACCUAAAGCUCUCCCCGUCGGAAGCCCGUAAGGUAAUCGAGCGUUUCACCUCCGACCAGCUAAUUAACAUCCUCCAAGACGCCGUCAUCCGCCAUCCUGAUGUUCUCUCCGCCGCCCGCGCAAUUGCUGACACCGACAUCUCCCAACGCAAGCUAUUCAUCCGCGGCCUCGGCUGGGACACAACCACCGACGGUCUCCGCUCUCUCUUUUCAACUUAUGGUGAACUUGAAGAAGCCAUUGUCAUUGUCGACAAGGCCACCGGUAAGUCUAAGGGUUAUGGCUUUGUCACCUUCCGCCAUGUGGAUGGGGCUCUACUAGCUCUUCGUGAGCCUAGCAAGCGCAUUGAUGGACGGGUUACUGUCACGCAAUUAGCUGCAGCAGGGAAUUCGGGUUCUAACACCAACACAGCAGAUAUUGCGCAGCGAAAGAUAUAUGUAUCUAACGUGCCACCGGAUCUCGCAGGAGAUAAGCUUUUAGCCCAUUUCUCACUGUAUGGCGAGAUCGAGGAAGGUCCAUUGGGCUUUGAUAAACAGACAGGAAGGUCGAAAGGGUUCGCUCUUUUUGUGUACAAGACACCUGAAGGGGCUCAGGCUGCGCUGUUGGAGCCCGUGAAGAAUGUAGAGGGGCGGCAGUUAAAUUGCAAGCUGGCAAUAACAGAUGGGAAGCAGCAACGUGGUGGGCCAGAUGGGGUUCAGCCCCGUGGGAAUACCCAUGGAAAUGGAAUGGGGAUGGCUCCUGCAGCUGGGCCUGGGCCGGGUCAAUACGGUGGCUCUGUUGGUAUGGGUCCUUAUGGAGGGUUUUCUGGUGGGCAUCAGGGUCAGCCUCCAAUGGGUAACCAUCCUAUGAAUUCGUCUGUUGGCGGUGGGUUGUCUUCUGUGGGGAGUCAGGCCCCGUCUUCAGUGGGUGGUGCGGGUGGGUAUGGUGGUGGUCAUUAUGGAGGUUAUGGUGGGCCUACAGCGACAGGUUUUGGUGGCAGCGGUGGCGGCAGCGGUUAUGGAGGAGGUAGUGGUGGGACCGGUGCAGGUGCCGGUGGUGGACAUAGUUCUGCUGGAGGUAAUGUUGGGCUUUCUUCUUUGUACAGAUUACCAAGUUCAGGUGGAAUGCAAGCUGGAGGAUAUCCUGAUAGCGGCCACUAUAGUUCAUCGGGUUAUCAGAAUCAGCAUCUUCCUCCUGCUGGGGCGUCGCCGGUACCAAGGGUUCAACCUGGUUCCAUGUAUCCAAAUGGGCCCCCUUACUACUAAGGUGUAUCAUCGCUUGUUGGGCGCAGAUCUUUGUGUGCUUCUGGUGAUUGCGUUGUUAUUGCAGACUAUGUGCUCUGGUGUAGUGAUUGUGUUAACUUGUACUUUUACAGCCUCUUGAUUUCACCUUCUCUCCUUUUAAGCACGAUCCAUGCGCUGUUAGUUAAAAACUAUUGUGAUAGACUAGUUUUGUACUUUUAGCCAGAUUACUUUAGCUGUUCCAACCUUUAUUUUAAUUAUAUUGGUUAUGGAUUAUGGUCAUAUUUAUUAUGAGUUUGUACUUGGUUACAUUUUUCUUGGGUUAUCAGUAAUUUCUUCUUGAGUUA